AUGUUAUUUUACAGAUUGAUAGGAAGCGCUUUAGUGUUAAGAAUAGCUAACCUUUAUAGCAGAGGUGUGAUGGCAUAUAGUGAAACUCAAUGCGACAAUAAGAUAGGCAAGAAGAUGAACUAUUUAACACAGAAGAAUGCUAUAGCAUUAGAUCAGGAUCUUUUUAAUGAAUAUAAAUUCAGCGUAGACCAGUUAAUGGAACUAGCUGGAUUAAGUGUAGCAACAGCUGUUGCAAAAGUUUAUCCACAUUCAUCAUACAAAUCUGCUUUAAUUAUAUGUGGACCUGGUAACAAUGGGGGAGAUGGCCUUGUAGCAGCUCGUCAUAUGAUUUUAUUUGGUUACAAAGUAGCUGUAUAUUAUCCUAAGCGCACUCCUAAUCCGUUGUAUGAAAACCUGCUUUUGCAGUGUGAAAAAUUUGGUGUAAACAUUAUUGAUCAAUUACCUCCUCCAGAAAACUUGAAAAAUGAAUAUAAUAUUCUUGUAGAUGCUCUUUUUGGCUUUAGCUUCAAACCACCAGUUAGAGAAGCAUUAAAGCCUGCAUUAGAUGCCUUAAUAACUUCAGGGCUACCUGUAUGCAGUGUUGAUAUUCCUAGUGGUUGGAAUGUGGAAGAUGGUCCAGAAUCAGAAAAUUCACUUAAACCAGACUUACUUAUUUCCUUAUCUGCUCCUAAAUUAUGUGCUAAACCUGAAAUAUUAAAGAAUGCUAAGCACUUUCUUGGUGGAAGAUUCUUGCCUCCUGGAAUCAUUGAUAAAUACAAUUUAACUUUGCCACAAUAUCCAGAUCAAGAUCAAGUGGCAGAAUUA